AACAUCUGACUCAAGAGCUUAGCCAGGAGAACAUAUAGUGGUACAAGGGCAAGAUUGAGACACGCGUCUCCCUUUUCUGCUCCUCUCAGAUCGCCACGAGCUUUCAGUGGACCUGAUCAACACGCUCUCCAUCACUACGCUAUUCAUAAAACUGUCUGCGGAACAGCUAUCAAGAUGAGCGAUCGCCGUACGCGACUCAAAGGCAUCACGGAGGGCACUCUGGACGCGAUUGACGACGGGCACUACACCCUCGACGGAACGACAUACGACCUUAGCCUGUCUGUGAAAGUAUCCAAACAGCACACACAGUACUAUGCGCCUGACUCCAUGCUCUCCACAUGGUCAAAUAUCCCACCUCCCCCACGCCCAGACAACGACUCUACGAACUUCUCUAUCCUCGAGGUCUCCACGCUCGAAGGCGUGCGGCUCCUGUCUGACGCUCUGCGUCCCGACUCCCCCGAAACAUCUCCACCGAAAAUCGGGGUGCUCAACUUCGCAUCUGCGAAGAAGCCUGGGGGAGGCUUCCUCUCCGGGGCACAGGCACAGGAGGAAUCCAUCGCGCGCUCGUCGACACUGUACCCGACCCUCAUGACGCGCACCGCGCAGGCGUUCUACACGCUGCACAACCGCGAUCCGAAGGGCGGCUACUACUCGCACGCGAUGAUAUACUCGCCCGCGGUUACGGUGUUCCGUGACGACGCGGGGGCGUGGGUCUCGCCGGCCUACGUCGACGUUUUGACGAGCCCGGCGGUCAACGCGGGGGUAGUGCGGACCACAUUGCAUGGGCGCGUCGCUGGAGCCGGGGUGGAAGACAAGAUCGAGCAGGCGAUGCGCGAGCGGAUGGCCCGGAUCUUGUUCUUGUUCGAGACGAAAGGGGUCCGUAGCCUCGUGCUCGGCAGCUUCGGGACGGGGGUGUUCAAGAAUAACGUCGGGACCGUGGCGAGGAUAUGGGCGGACCUAUUGAUCGAGGACGAUUCGCGGUUCAAGGACUCCUUCGACCACGUUGUCUUUGCAGUGUUGGGAAAGGAUACGUAUGAGGAGUUUCGCACUGUUCUAGCGAGUCGUGGGUUAGCGGUUGAUUGAUGUGACAUUUCGUUCCUGACGAGAGCUUGAAGAUACCAUGUAACUUAGUGUUUUGACACUCGAUCUGCAAUGUA